AUGCACAUAUGUGGAUACAGCGAAUGUUUUUUCUCAGGACCAGAACACGAAGUAACCCAACACAGGAUCAACGACCAUGGAAAUAAGCCAUCUAAUAAAAAUAAAAGAUUCUCUUGUGUGUACUGUGACUUUACAGCAGUCAAUAGUCAUAAGAUACAGUACCACAUCUAUAGAAAACAUAAAGAACAAAAUGACUUAGAGAAAAAAAUGGAAUUAAACAUAAAAACUUUCCAUUGCGUGUACUGUGACUUUACAGCUCUGGAUAAUCAUGAAAUGCAAAUCCACAUCUAUAGAAAACAUAAAGAAAAAAAUGAAUUGGAGAAAAAAGUAGAAAUAAACAUAAAAACUUAUUCUUGUAUGUACUGUGACUUUACGGUAAUAAAUAACAGUCAUUUGCGAAGGCACCUUUACUUUAAACAUAAAGAAAAAUAUGAGGCGGAAAAUAAGUUAGAAUUAAACAUUAAAAUUUUAUCUUGUGUGUACUGUGACUUUACAACAGAAAAAAGAUAUGUUUUACACAAUCACAUUUAUAUGAAACAUAAAGAACAAAAUGAUUUGGAAAAAAGAGUGAAAUUAAAAAUAAAAACUCACACUUGUGUGAAAUGUGACUACACAACAUUGGUAAAAGACCAUCUACAAAAACACAUGUCUGGGAAACAUAAAAAACAAAAUGAGGAAAAAGAAGUUAAGAUAACAUAUAUACAAGACCACAUUAACAGGGAAAAUAAAGAACAAAAUGACUUACAAAAAAUAAACUCUUGUGUGUACUGUGACUUUAAAACAAUAAAUAAAGGUAAUAUACGAAGACACAUUUACCACAAACAUAAAAAACAAUAUGAGUUGGAAAAUAAAGUAAAAUUAAAUGUAAAAACUCACGCUUGUGUGUACUGUGACUAUGCACCAGAAAAGAAAAGUGUUUUACACCAUCACAUUUAUGUCAAACAUAAAGAACAAAAUGAGUUGGAGCAAAAAGUUAAAUUGGAUAUAAAAGCUUGUGUGUACUGUGACUUCACAACAAUGGAAAGUUAUAAGCUAAAAUGCCACAUCUACAGCAAACAUAAAGAACAAAACGAGCUUGAAAGAAAAGUAUCAAUAAAAAUAAAAACUUACUCGUGUGUGUACUGUGACUUCACAACAGAGAAAAGAUAUGGUUUACACAACCACAUUUAUAUGAAACACAAAGAACAAAAUGAUUUGGAAAAAAAGGUGGAAAUAAACAAAAAAAUUCACUCCUGUGUGUACUGUGACUUUACAACAGUAGAGAAGCGCACUUUGAAAAAACACGUUCUUGGCAAACAUAAAAAACAAGAUGAACUUGAAAAAAAGGAAUCAACAACCGUAUGCACUUACACCAAUUGUUUUUUCUCUGGACCAGAAUACAUUGUAACUCAACACUUGAUCAAAGAUCAUAAACAUGAAUCAACAAUUUACUCUUGUGGGUACUGUGACUAUAAUACAACGAAAAACCUGGGUUUAAAAAGACACAUCAGAAAACAUCACAUUGGAAAGCAUUUUCCGAGGGGGAAACCACCUUCCGCAAUACGUGUACAUUUGGCCCGAAAUCACUCGCAAUCGCCGAAAUCCCUACCCGCAAUCCCGCAGUCACUUCGCAAUCGCCGAAAUCCCUACCCGCAAUCCCGCAAUCGCCGAAAUCCCUAUCUGCAAUCCCGCAAUCGUGGAAAUCCUAUACUUGCAAUCCCGCAAUUGAUCGAAUUCGACGAUGAUGGGGGUAUAAAUCGGCAACGCCUGCGCUCUGCAGCCAUUUGCAUAAGAUUGGCGGAAAUAAGCCACGGUGUAUAUAUAAAUGCACAAGAUAUAAAUGGAGAAUUGCCUUUAAUGUUUGCUGUUCACAAAAAUUACGAAGAAAUUAUUAACCAGGGCCCAGAUGGAAAUCUACGUAGACAAGAUAACAGUACGGCCCUGCAUGAUGCAGCUUAUACUGGAAAUGUUAAAAUAGCCAAUGUUUUAUUGAGCAAUGGUGCAGAUAUAAAUGCACAAAAUAUAAAUGAAGGAUUGCCUUUAAUGCUUGCUGUCAAUUGA